UGAUCGUUUUCAAAAAUUAUAAUUAUAUGAUCAACGGCUGAAUUAGGGUUUAUCCUCAAAACCCAAAUCAAUUAUUGCGGUGCAAAAUGGCGGAAUCGUCCGAGGGGGAGGAGGAAGGGAAGUUGACGGGAGGGAACCAGCAGCUGAUGGUGGACGAUGACCUCCGGGAGAUGGGAAAGAAGGCAGCUUGGAGCGUCAGCUCCUGCAAGCCCGGAAACGGGGUCGCUUCCCUCCGAGACGACAAUCUCGAUACCUACUGGCAGUCAGAUGGUGCACAGCCUCAUCUAGUGAAUAUCCAGUUCCAGAAGAAAGUUAAACUUCAAUUAGUUGUUCUUUACGUCGAUUUCAAGCUUGAUGAGAGCUACACACCUAGUAAGAUCUCAAUUCGUGCUGGCGAUGGUUUCCACAACUUGAAGGAGAUAAAAGCAGUGGAGCUUGCUAAGCCAACUGGCUGGAUGUACAUCUCAUUGUCUGGGAGUGAUCCAAGGGAAACUUUUGUGAAUACUUUCAUGUUGCAAAUAGCAGUAUUGUCUAAUCAUCUGAAUGGAAGGGAUACUCAUGUGCGCCAAAUCAAAGUUUAUGGGCCUCGACCGAAUCCCAUCCCACACCAACCAUUUCAGUUCACUUCGACUGAGUUCAUUACUUACUCUACUCUCAGGUAACAUAUCGCAAGAGGCAAACAAGAAAUGUUAAUGGAGUGAGCUUCAAGUCAUUGUUCGUUAUUAUGGUCAGCCAGGUGGAUUCCAGUAUGAGGAACUAUUCAAGGUACAAUGAUGUUUAGCUGCAUGAGGAACUUUUCAAGGUACACUAAUUACUUGUUGUAAGCCUAAAAUUGAGUAAACCACCCUUCCAAGAGGAACUGUUUUGCCUGAUGAUUAUUUGCACUAACAUUUAUUCGGGGGAGCUACAACAAAUCGUAGCCACCAUUUGAAGCACUUAUCUUUUUCCUUCCCAGAAUUCACUUGCAUUUUCUUAUGUACAUGUUGUGAAAUGUGGAAAGGAAUCACCAUUCUACUAUGGAUCAAUGAUUAAUGAUUCAGCCUGUUCUGGUUAUCGGUA